GGCCCAAAUUGUAGAAUCCAACCCACUAUCCUUCUCUCUCUCCCCCUUACCGGCGCGAAACCCUCCCCGCCUUCCUCAGCCGCUGUUUUCUCCCUGCCACCCACAAUCAGCAAACUUUUCCGAUCACCACACCUUCUCAUCCUCAGCUCAGCGGCAUCAAUAAUUCCUACUUCAAUUGUUCAUCUGGUCUUCCCGUCUCACUCCACUCUUCGUAGAAUUGUUCUAAUGAGAUGUGUGAGAAGAUGGCAAGUGCUGCAAAAGAGGAUCCGAAGAAGAAGCCGCAGCCGCAGUUGGUGAAGCUGAAUCAUGCUUUCAAAUUGGCUGAGCAAUGGGUUAAUAACAUGACUAAAACCUCGUCGAUUGAUAAACCACCUUCGAUAGAAUUGGAAGGCCGUCCCAUGAGGCUUGGAAUUGGUGCAACUGUUCCUAAAGAAUCCAAAUUUCUUCGUUCGAGUAAUCCUGUUGAAAAAAAGUUGCUUGCCAAGCUGCAUAACAACAAAAUAAAAGGUGCCAUGAAAGAUGAAGCUUCAACCCUGCCUGCAGAAAAAGCUGAUGAGGACAGCGAAGAAGAAGAAUCAGAAAGCAAAACCCGAGCUUUCUCCAAGAAGAGACCUCCGAGCUCAAUUUCACAUCUACAUGCUAGAAAGAAACAUAGGUGAUUGUUGUAUAUUUCAAGAAAUUCUGCAAAUGUUUUCUCAGCUGUUUCAGUGCUUGCACCAACAACUGUGUAGUUUUCAUGCCUCAAUGAUGCACACUUAGUGAAGAAUUGUAAUUUUAAUGAAAAAUAGGCACUUUUAUUUGUCCCUUAGUUAUGUAUGUGAAUUAAUUUGAAAAACUACUUCAGAUUCUUUAUCUUCCA